GUCACGUGAUCGCGGUCUGGGCCGGGCUCUGGCCGCGGUGCUUCCUGCCCGUCCCGGAGUUGCCAGCGUUUCCACGGCUCGGUCUCCCGUGGGCGCGAUGGAGGAGGAGGAGGAGGAAGCGCGACCGCUGCUGGAAGGCGGCCCUGACGCGGCCGGCGGAGAUGCCCCCGCGGCCCCCCGGGCGCUGCCGGCUCUCUGCGACCCCAGUCGCCUGGCGCACCGGCUUUUGGUGCUGCUGCUGAUGUGUUUCCUCGGCUUCGGCAGCUAUUUUUGCUAUGAUAAUCCUGCUGCCCUUCAGACUCAGGUUAAACGGGAUAUGCAGGUGAAUACCACGAAAUUCAUGCUGCUGUAUGCCUGGUAUUCUUGGCCCAAUGUAGUUUUAUGUUUCUUUGGUGGCUUUUUAAUAGACCGAGUAUUUGGAAUACGAUGGGGCACAAUUAUUUUUAGCUGUUUUGUUUGCAUUGGACAGGUUAUUUUUGCUCUGGGUGGAAUAUUUAAUGCUUUUUGGCUGAUGGAAUUUGGAAGGUUUGUGUUUGGGAUUGGUGGGGAGUCCUUAGCAGUUGCUCAGAAUACAUAUGCUGUGAGUUGGUUUAAAGGCAAAGAAUUAAACCUGGUGUUUGGACUACAACUUAGCAUGGCUAGAAUUGGGAGUACAGUAAACAUGAACCUCAUGGGAUGGCUAUAUUCUAAAAUUGAAGCUUCGUUGGGUUCUGCUGGUCCCACAACCCUUGGGGUCACACUUAUGAUCGGGGGUAUAACGUGUAUUCUUUCACUAAUCUGUGCUUUGGCUCUUGCUUACUUGGAUCAGAGAGCAGAGAGAAUCCUUCAUAAAGAACAAGGAAAAACAGGGGAAGUUAUUAAAUUAACUGAUGUAAAGGACUUCUCCUUACCCCUGUGGCUCAUAUUUAUCAUCUGUGUCUGCUAUUAUGUUGCCGUGUUUCCUUUUAUUGGACUCGGGAAAGUUUUCUUUACAGAGAAAUUUGGAUUUUCUUCCCAGGCAGCAAGUGCUAUUAACAGUGUUGUAUAUGUCAUAUCAGCUCCCAUGUCCCCAAUAUUUGGGUUCCUGGUGGAUAAAACAGGGAAGAACAUCAUCUGGGUUCUGUGUGCAGUAGUGACCACUCUUGUGUCCCACAUGAUGCUGGCCUUUACGAUGUGGAACCCUUGGAUUGCUAUGUGUCUCCUGGGACUCUCCUAUUCAUUGCUUGCCUGUGCAUUGUGGCCAAUGGUGGCAUUUGUAGUUCCUGAACAUCAGUUGGGAACUGCAUAUGGCUUCAUGCAGUCCAUUCAGAAUCUUGGGUUGGCCAUCAUUUCCAUCAUUGCUGGCGUGAUAUUGGAUACUCGGGGAUAUUUGUUUUUAGAAGUUUUCUUCAUUGCCUGUGUUUCUUUGUCACUUCUAUCUGUGGUCUUACUCUAUUUGGUGAAUCGUGCCCGAGGUGGGAACCUAAAUUAUUCUGCAAGACAAAGAGAAGAAAUAAAACUUUCCCAUACUGAAUGAGACGUUUAAAUGACUGUGUCAUAAGAAUGGGCUGCACACAUCACUGGUUUGACAACCUCCAUUUUUUUUUUUUAUUUAGAGUUUAGUCAUUAGGAAAAGUAAUGGACUGGAAAGUUGUAUUUGAGAUAUACCUAUUCCAAAGUGUAUUUGUGAGGCCUAUUUUAGCCUAUGUCUUUUGUGUGUUGCUGAAGAAUUCUACUUUAGAAUAGGCCAGUCAACAAUGAAAGGUUAAGAAAAUUGCUCUGGAACAUCCAAGUGAACUGACGAGGGACAGUAUAACAUGGAAAACAUUGUAUCUUCUGUUGAGAUAAUUUUCACAAAGUAUACCUUAGGGAUAUGGCCUUUUCUUUAUCUUAUAGCAGAAGAAAAAACUAGGGGAAUAGAAGGGCUGUUUUACACAGAUUAAACAAUGGCAUUGU